AUCUCUGGUAUUAAUAGGAUAAGUAUAUAUGUAUGUACGAUGUAGGUAUAUGACAGAUUUUAGAACGUUAAUAAUAAGCAUACCUACAGUGAAUGCUCUAUUGAAAGUUUUUUAAACACAUAUUUUAGAAGAUUUCAAAAUGCAAAAGUCGGUCAAAAGUACGAAAAAUUAAUCUGCUUUAGACUGCGCGCAUAGCUUUUUUUAUAAAUAAAUUUCUUUUUCUUUAAAGCUUGGAUUGUCUAAGGCUGCAAUGUAUAAAGCUUCUUGUGUCAAGCAAAAUAUUUCAAAUCUCAAACCUGGACAUUGGUCACUCGGUCUGCUUACCUCGAUGAAUGAUCCUGAAUCAAAAGUAGAAGAAGAUGAUCGCAUUGCUGUUAUAAAAGACAAGUAUCCAAAAGCAAGAUUUCACUACCUAGUUUUACCAAAGAAGGAUAUAAGUACUAUCAGUGAAGUAACUAGAGACGAUAUAGAACUUCUCCAGCAUAUGGAAAACAUUGCAAACAAAUUUGUUGAUAUUCACAAGGAUUAUGAAUUUUUAGUUGGUUAUCAUGCCAUUCCAAGUAUGCAUCGCUUACAUCUACAUGUAAUAAGCACUGACUUUGAUAGUCGCUGUUUGAAAACAAAGCAGCAUUGGAAUUCUUUUACAACGCCAUACUUUUUGCCUUCUAAAGAUGUUCGCAAACAACUUGAAGAAACUGGUGAAAUAAAAAUUAAUGCUAAACAAAAAGAAGAGUGCUUGCUGAGAGAGUUAAAAUGUCAUAGAUGUUCUUAUACUUCAAAGACUAUGCCAGCUCUUAAAAAGCAUAUUAUUCAACACAUUACUCAAAAAUAGACUGAUUUCAAGUACAUUAAGUAAAUGAACUUAAGGAUAUUUAUUAUUUAUUAAAUUUUGUACUAUGAAAAAUAAAUAUUUUCUUAAAGAACGUUAAUUUUUAUUGCAAUAUCAUUAUAUUAGUAAACUAUUGGUAUAAGGUGAUAAUAAAAAUUAGAAAACAGAGUAUUUAAUGUUUCAGAAACUUUACUAUAAAUAAACUCGACAUAUUAUGUAUUGAUAGGACUUACUCUAAUUCAUGUUACAUAACUACUAUGUACAAAGUCUUUAUUCCGCGUUACGCUUAACAUUAAGUUUCGUAUCUUCGCACAUUUGUCGCUGCAAGUCUACGUAUAUUUAGUAAUACUGUGGUAAUAGUUGAGGCGAUCCUUCGCGUUCGAAAACUUUCGUUUAAGUUUUUCUUUUUAAGUAUUUCACUCGAUGCGAAAAUGCGCAAAGAAAUUUUACAAUUACAAUUGUCUACUCCAUAAUAACUAUCGCAAUAGCAAUUUACUUAUACGUGAAAAAUAUUCAAACUUAAAACCAAAUUAGACAAUGAUGACUUAUGAUUCAAAACGCAAACAUAAUUUGAUCAACAGAUCGAUCCAGAUAAAAGGAAUAGGACAACAUACGUUAGUGAAAACGACG